CAAAGUUUUUGUUUCUCCUAUUGCACUUUGUUUUAUAUCCGUAAUGUAUGAUACGCUAAUGCUCAUACUGGCACUACAUUCAGAGCAAAAUGAAGGAGAAUAGUAGAUAUUUUUCUAGCUUCCAAGAGCACAACUGUACAUGUACGCCUUGGACUUCACCCGCGACUCAACUUGUUCGCCGUUCCACCUCCGUUGGAUCCGCUAAUAGUGAUCAGUCGAUGAGCCCCAGGGAAAUCGACAAUAUUCCUGGCAGUACGUCUGGCAAUAGGAAAAGUCGAUUGUACUGCAAAUUUGAUGAUUUUACAUGGAGCACAUUGCAGGGACAACAAGGGAAGGGUAAUAAUAAUAACUGGCAAAGGUCGAGUUUGAGAAGUUUAUCGGUCUUUCUGCAUCCUACGCCGGGGUCCUUCGAGGGAUGUAAAUCCCUAAUCAUAAUGUUGCGCAGAUAGUCCGCUGGCACGAGAUGAAAUUAUGUGUAGCAUUUGGACCCGAACAGUGAACUCUAUCUUAUCGGCUGUCUCGGCGUCUGUGUUUCCAAUCCAAUGUGAGGCCCCAAACGGAUGUCGAGCUUGGAAUCGGUGGUGUUUGCAGAGGCUGUAACUACUUACUUGAAUUAAUGGAGAGAGAAAGAGCACAGCGUGAA